CGCUCCGGUGACGGACACUUUGGCAUGAGGGGACGGGGGCCAAGCGUUUCUUUCGCCCCUCAGUCGCUCGACGGGCCGCCGACGCCUCCGCGCUCGCCAUGAUGAUGGAGUCGCUGCGCGUGCAGCGGCUGCAGCCGGGUGUUGGGGGAACGCUACGCUCCCUGCGGCCUGGCGUGACGGCGGGAGCGUCCCUGGCGGCCGCCUCGGCUCCCCCGCCGCCGCUGCCGCCGCCCCCACCGCCGCUCGGGCUGUCGCUCACCCUGGGGCCUCCGCCGCCGCCGCCGCCCCCGCUGCCGCCUCUCCCGCCGUCACUCUUGCCGGGCGUGACAGCCGGAUCCAGCCCCCCGGGAGUUGCGGCGACGGGUCCGCCCGCCGUGCUGAGGGAGGCUGUCGAGGCCGUCGUCAGGAGCUUCGCCAAGCACACGCAAGGCUACGGCCGCGUCAACGUUGUGGAAGCUCUCCAGGAAUUCUGGCAGAUGAAGCAAUCACGUGGUGCUGAUCUGAAAAAUGGUGCUCUGGUGGUUUAUGAGAUGGUCCCAUCUAACAGUCCUCCUUAUGUCUGUUAUGUCACAUUGCCUGGGGGGAGCUGUUUUGGCAGUUUUCAGUUUUGUCCUACCAAAGCUGAAGCCAGGAGGAGUGCAGCAAAAAUUGCACUGAUGAAUUCAGUGUUCAAUGAGCAUCCGUCCCGGAGAAUCACAGACGAGUUCAUUGAGAAGAGUGUCUCGGAGGCUCUGGCAUCUUUCAAUGGCAAUAGAGAAGAAGCAGAUAAUCCAAGCACAGGCAUUGGUGCUUUCCGCUUCAUGUUGGAGUCAAACAAAGGAAAGUCCAUGUUAGAGUUCCAGGAGCUGAUGACAGUCUUCCAGCUGCUGCAUUGGAAUGGCAGCCUCAAAGCCAUGCGAGAGAGACAGUGCUCACGACAGGAGGUGUUGGCUCACUACUCUCACCGUGCUCUUGAUGAUGAUAUAAGGAACCAGAUGGCAAUGGACUGGGUCAAUCGGGAGCAAAAUAUCCCAGGGGCUCUUUCAAGGGAGCUGGCCUCAACAGAGCGGGAAUUGGAUGAAGCCCGGCUGGCUGGGAAAGAGCUGCGGUUCCACAAGGAGAAGAAAGACAUUCUGAUGUUGGCAGCUGGCCAGCUGGGGAACAUGCACUCUUCCAACUGUUGAGAAAUCCCAGAGAGCUGUUCUGUUUCCCCUUCCCUUCCCUACACUCUCACUUCACAACCAACUUGCUUAUGGGGUAGGACCUAGAGCUUGUUACAAAAUUGAAGGGGGCAAAAUGUCCAACCAAAUUCUCCCUAAUUGGCUUUCAUUUUUUUCUUACAUUAUCAGUUAUGCAACAUGCUGCUUGGAUUUUGGAUUUUUAAGUCUAAUCUGGUUGUAGAUUGGUGAGAUUUGGCAAGUGAAUAACCUAUAUUGCCAAGCAGAUAGAUACACCCACCCCCUAUUUUACUUACACACAAACACCAUUUUUCAAUAUAAUUCAGCCAGAGAGAAAAAUCUCAAAAUCUGAAUGUUGAAACUUGGUCAGGUUGAGUUUGUUCAUAAUUCAGCUUCAUUUCUAACCUGAAUCAUGUCACUUAAAGAGUGUGCACAGAUGCCUCUUUUUGAAGAAUAGGGGCCCAUUUGCACAUAUAAAAAAACCUCUUUGUUAAAAAAAAUUCUGUAUAGAUUUUAUAAUGUACUUGGAUAUUCUUAGUUAUCUUUUUUCUCUUUUGGAUAGAGAAUUUCUUAAUGAUUCACUAUAGAGCACAUUUUUAAAUGUAGCCUUUUUAGUGUUAAAUAUACUAAUACUCAUUUAGUCCUCAAUUCUAUCCAGGUACUAUACAGUAUUAAGUGGAAAUGUAGCAUUGCCAAGAGGAUACUAGUUUUGCCAUGUAUAUAAUGCAUAAACUGUAUGUUAGGCAAAUGUAUUCCUGCAGUUUAUGUAGUUUGAUACACUCCCUCUUGCCACCUGAUAAGCACAGCACUUAAAAACACUUCACUGUUCUCAAACUACCAUUAAGGUUUUUAUUUAGUUGGUUAAUGGCAUCUUGUUCUAGCUGGUGUCUUGAUUGCAAGGUUCCACAGAGUUUGAGCAGUUCCCUAAUGCUGCAAGGGACGGAGUGUAUCUCGUCAUAGUGGCUGUCAUGUCACUUCUCCCCUAGCACAAGUGGGAGCAACAAACCACAAUCUCUGACAUAGCUUUACAUUUGAACCAGUGAUACUGGGUUGCUUUUCUCUCUCAUAAGUAACAUACAACCCAUCUAGUUGUGCUUCACGAAUGAAUUGCGUUCUUGCUUGAGUCGCUUAAAGGAGCUUUCCAGGUUCUAGAGAUUUGAGUUCACUUUGGGACAUUCCACAUCAAAUCACCUGGUGCCAUGUGCUCUCACGACUCAGAUUUUCUU